AUGCAGCCGCGCCCGUCUUCGCCCACUGGUGUGCGCAACUCAUCCCAUACGCCCCAUACGCCUACCCGGGGGGGCCACCAUGGGGAAAUCAAUUCCAUCGUUGAGAAACUCGAGGAGGAGUGGGAGCUCGGCCUUCAAACACGCAGUUCCUCGUACUCGCCGUCCACAAGCCAGGAACCGAGGCCUCAGCACAGGUGCUACGAAGUCAUCAAAUUGCUGUACUGGAAAGAUCGCGCUAUCCUAUACAAACAACUCCACGAAUUCAAAACCAAUGCAGCAUCAAAGCCUCACAGACAUCUCCUGUCCUAUUUACUUCACCUUGUGGAUGAAGGCUGGAAGCGAGCAAAGGCAAACCCUACCCCUCUCAGAUCCAGACGGGAGCAGCUGACUUCGCCGCAUCCCCCGGUGCCUUCACCUCUUCGCCUGGCAUCUCCAACCUCUCGCCCGGAACCCUCCUCCAUUUUCAAUCCUGGUCAUUCCCGUACUGAGCCUCAAGUGUCUUCCGAUGCCGCAAGUGAAGUAGAUGCCUUGUUCGAACCAACGCAACCGGACACCCCACCUGCCGAAGAGGACGAGGAGCCAGGCGAUGCGCCGCCAUCACCUUCGCUACAGGCGAGUGUACGGAAAAAAGAGCUCUCUGGGCCCGGUGAACAUGACUCAAGGCAUAUGCGCCCGGCCAAAAGGCUUUCGCCCUCGUCAAAAGGCGAUCAGUCACCAAAGAAAGCACGAACUACUACCCGAGGUAACCACGAACCCGAGGCUUCGUUUGCAGUUCCAAAUUCCCCGCUCGCGAGAGAGAGGCAAACAGAGGAGCCGUCGCGGAAGGAUUCGACCACUUCAUUCGCAUCGACGGCGUCAAAAUUUUCCAGGGCGGAUUCAACCUUCUCGCGCAAUGGAGAGGCCAGUAAGACGAGGGACACGUCGUUUGCCACGUCCUUCUACCCUUCUCAGCCAGGGAAACAGCAACUUUCCCAACCGGCGGAACACGACAUUCCCCAGCCAGAGGAUGAACGCUCUUUCCAGGUAGAACCAGCUCAGCAGGAGAUUUCCAGCUCAGGGAAUUAUUCUCAUGAUACAGACAUACCCUGGUAUUGGUCGCCGCGACCAAAAGACGAAUCAAAGGAUGUUGCAGAUCAGACGACAGCCGAGGUGGCGCAUGAGUCGACAGAGAGUGCCCGUUUUCGGCCUGGGGAACCUCUUGAAAGGCUCAUUGAAUUAUCUACACAUGACUCUGUGGCAUCCUCGGCGAAUCUUGUCAGCUCACCCCAACCACAGGAGCACUAUCUAACGAAGCGUUUGCCUGAACAAGGGCUAUUCGUCCCUCAAAUUGGUGCAGAGUUGAUGAAGAUGGACUUCAAAUAUCGUUGGGAGUUCUUACGCGUUGCGCUCGAGGCAGGUAUCGACACAAACCAACUCCUACCCCAAGGCCAUGAUGAGGAAUGGAAAACUUAUCAGUGCUUGUGGGAUUAUUUCCAGCAUCACGAUGCCCUCAAAGACACCUUCAAGAAGCUCAGGCGGGGCUCGAAAAGGGCUUGGGAUGCUGCCGAAGUAAAGCGCGAAAAUGGCACCUUGAAGGCCUUUGAGAACAUCACUCUCAAGGCACAAUUGGCCUUCAGCAGCACCAAAUCCGACCAGAUGUUUAAUAUCCGGCUACAACCACUUGAGCUUCAAGACGCCUCUUGCCGGUUCCAGCGAGCUUUUGGAGGUGAUCGUUUUCUAUACCUCGAAACGCCGGAAUUUCGCAGGGACAAGUUACCGCCCCAUCUGAGUGGACAGCUGGACACGAUUGAGAAAAGAUUUGUAGAAUGGCUGCUUCUCAAAAACAAGGAAUUCCUGGGCAGAGAGUGGGUCGCGAUCCAUUUCGAGAAGCUCGAAAAGAAGAAUAAAACCAAGUCCCGUCCGCAGGAUGAAGGGCGCGGAUACAGAGUCAUCCUUUUCGCCACCAAGGGGGCGGAUAUAGAGUCAAAGAAAGAGAAAGAGAUCAGAUCCGGUACCCGGCACGAAAUGUCUGCGUACGACUUGUUGAACUGGUUCAUGCCCUUGAGGAAAAACGCCGAGCAGCCGUACCUCAAGGCGUUCGCAAGGAUAAGUCUAGGUCUGACGACAACGCGCCCGGGCCUGACAUUUGAACCGAAGCAAGUCCGGUUCGUGCAGGACAUCAAAGCGAACAACGAGCGUGAAAGCAGCGAAUUCAACGACGAGACGCUUUCUUGGCCGGAAGAUGACAAAAGGAAGCGCGUCAUGAACGACGGCUGUUCUCGCAUCUCCGUCGGGGCGGCGCGGCAGCUGUGGAAGAACAUCAACAAGGACGGGCCUAUUCCAAGUACUUUCCAGGGCCGCAUCGGCGGCGCUAAAGGCAUGUGGAUGCUCAGCGCCUCGCCCGACACGCAAGACCCGAGCCAUUGCAGCGUCUGGAUCGAGGUCUCUGACAGCCAAUGCAAAUUCCAGCCGCAUGACAACGAUUCGGACCCCGUCAGGUUCACUUUCGACUUGCAUUCCACGUCGACCACGGCGGAACCGUCGAGCGUCUAUCUGUCAUUCUUUCCCAUUCUACACGACCGCGGUGUGCCGACCGCCUCUCUGCAAAAGGUCUUUGUGGAUAAUCUAGACAGGGAACGGAAGAGGCUGCUGGACGCCAUUGGAGAUCCGGGCAACCUCAGGACGUGGGUCAAUCAACAAAACAUGUUUGCCGAAGAACGGGCCCGAGAGGACGAAAUCGCGUGGCAAGGCGGCCUGCCGAAGCAGCCGCAUGAGAAGGUGAUCCUGCUGGUCGAAUCCGGCUUCGACAGUUCCUGCGAGUACCUGGCCAACGUCAUGCAAAGGCUGGUAGCCAGAAGCCUGCGGCUGUUGCGACAAAACGUCCGCGUCCCACUUCCCCGGUGCACAUACAUCAAAGGAGUAGCAGACCCCGAAGGCAUCCUCGCCCCCGGUGAGAUCCACGUGCACUUUACCAAAAGCUUCAUCGACGAGGCUUCCGGCGAGUGCUUGAGCUUUUUGGACAACCGAGACGUCCUCGUGGCCCGCAAUCCCGCCCUGAGACGGUCCGACAUCCAGAAAGUGCGUACGUGCUUCAAACUGGAGCUUGCGCACCUCAAGGACGUCGUCGUCUUCCCGACUCGAGGCAGCUUCCCCCUCGCGGGAAAGUUGCAGGGCGGCGACUACGACGGCGACACGUUCUGGGUGUGCUGGGAGCCGGACCUCGUGACGCCGUUCAAGAACGCGCCGCCGCCCCUGAACGACCCCGUCCCGGAGGACUACGGGAUCAAGGUCGACAGGAGGACGCUGGGCGAUAUGCUGGAGGGUCGGUCGAUCCGGAACUCCUUCCUGCGCGAAAGCUUCAAGUUCCACUUCCUGCCCAGCCUCGUCGGCCCGGCGACCAAGCUGUACGAGAAGGUGACCUACCAGGAAAACAGUCUCGUGUCGAAAAAGGCGGAAGCGCUGGCCGAUCUGCACGACCUGCUCAUCGACGCUACGAAGAACGGAUACAAGUUCGGCGAGGCCGAAUUCCGCGCGUUCAGGGCCAAGUUCAACAUCCCGAAGGACCUGCCGAAGCCGGAGCACGAGAAGGCUCGGGAGCAGGACCGCGACGAGACCAAGGGCGACACCAACAGGAAGGCCAAGAGAAAGCCGCCGCGGCCGCCGCCGUCGUACCCCAACAUCCUCGACACCCUCUACUUCGACACCAUCGUGCCGCACACCCGCCAAACCCUCGACGCCCUCGAACAACACUUUGCCACCGCCGCCACCGACGACGACGACCCCACCCUCACAGCCCCCUUUCUCUGCGAGAAACACGACGCCGCCGCAACCAACGACGACGACGACGACCCGGCCCCGGCCCCGACCCUAGACGACAACGCCAUCAUCCGCGACGAGCUCGCCGCGCUGACGGGCGAGUGCCAACAGCUCAACCGCCUCUGGACCAAGCUCCUCAACCAGCCCAGCGACGCCGGCGUCGGCGACGACGGCAACGGCACCCGCACCCGCUCCGGCAGCUCCCGCUCCGGCAGCUUCCUCCGCCGCACCGGCACGGGCGUCCCCGCCGACCCGCAAGCCGCCGCCGCCCUCGCCGCCGACGACGCCCGCAACGACCCGGCGUCGUACAACAACGCCGUGGCCAAGUGCCACGCCCGCUUCCGCGCCUACCGCCCCCGCUUCGCCGCCAAGAGCCCCACCAUCAGCCGGUGGGAGCGGCGGCGGUGGCCGGGGGCCCCCCACCACCACCAUUUCCCCCCUCAUCAGCCGGGGGGGUCGGCGGAGGCAUCGGCGAAGGCCUGGGCCUCGGCCACGGACAAGACGCUCCCCCCGCCGCCGCCGCCGUCCGAGUGGGACCUCCUCCGGGCGAGCGCGCUGUACCUCUGCACGGCGGAGCGCGCGCGCAACAGGUACAACUAUGGCGACGGCGACCCCCACAACCGCUGGGCCACGUUCGUGUUCCACGUCGCGGGCUGGGAGCUGUGCUGGCUGAAGGCGCUGGGCGAGGCGGCGGUGGGCACGCGGCCCGUCGUCGGGGCGUUGUAUAACCAUUUGAGGCCGGGGAAGAUGAAGGCGGUUGCGGCGCCGGCGAAGGAUGGUGGGGGUGGUGAGGGUGGGGCUGGAGCUGGGGAUGGGGAGGGGGAGGGGGGUGAGACGGAUUAUGCGAGUGCGGCGGAGGAGAUUGAGGAGGGGGAUUAUGAUGAUGUGGAGUGA